AAGGCCAAGGAGAAAGCCCAGAAGAAGGGAGACUUCCAGGAAGAAGCUGCCAUCUGUAACCAACUGGGCGAGAUCUUGGCUCGCCAUGGGCGCUUCCAGGAGGCACUGGAGGAGCACCGGCAGGAACUGCGUCUCUUGGAGAGCGUGGACGACGUCAUCGGCUGUGCCGUGGCCCAUCGGAAAAUUGGGGAGCGCCUGGCGGAGCUGGAGAGCUAUGAAGCAGCAUUGAAGCAUCAGCGUCGCCACUUGGAGCUGGCGCACUCCCUCCACAACCACAUUGAGCAGCAGAGGGCAUGGGCGACACUGGGCCGCACGUACAUGUUCAUGGCCGAGAGCGACCCUUCGAGCGGGGCUCUGCAGGAGGCAGAGGAGGCCUUCGUGAAGAGCCUGGCGAUCAUCGAGGAAACGCUGGACGGGGAGGUGCCACAGCGGGAGGUGAGUGAGAUGAGAGCCCGACUCUACCUAAACCUCGGCUUGGUCUAUGACAGCCUGAAGAACCCGGCCAAGCGCAGCGACUACAUCAAGAAGAGCAUCUACAUCUCGGAGCAGGCCCACCUCUACGAGGACCUCUACCGGGCCUACUUCAACCUGGGCAACAUCCACCUGCGGGAGGGCGAGCAUUCCAAGGCCAUGCGCUGCCUGGAGAGAGCUCGGGAGUGCGCUCGCAAGAUGAAGGAGAAGUACAUGGAGAGCGAGUGCUGCGCAAGCCUGGCCCAGGUGCUGCUGAGCCUGGGGGACUUUGUGGCUGCCAAGCGUUUUCUGAAGAAGGCCUACCUGUUGGGCUCCCUGCAGCCUCAGCAGCGGGAGAGCGUUUGCCGCAGCCUGCGCUACACCAUGAAGGUGAGCUCCUUACAGCAGGCCCUGGAAGAGGCGGAGGCAUCUAGCAAGCCGCAGGCGGUGGUGAGCCUAUGUGAGCAGCUGGGGGAUCUCUUCUCCAGAGAGGGGGAUUAUCAGCGUGCGCUGGAGGCCUACGAAAAACAGCUGCGCCACGCUCAAGCUUUGAAGCACCCGGCACAUGAGCUGGCCGUGAUCCACGUUUCUCUGGCUGCCACCUUUGGGGACCUGAAAGAUCAUGCUCAGGCGGUACACCACUAUCAGGCGGAGCUGGCGCUGCGACAGGGGAACCCCCUGGAGGAGGGGAAGACGUGGCUGAAUAUCGCUCUGGCCAAAGAGGAGGCCCGAGAGAGCUACGAGGCCCUGGAGCCCUGCUUCCAAAAUGCUCUGAGAGGGGCAGAGAAGGCUGGCAACCUCCGACUGCAGGGUCAGAUCCUGCGGUCCUUCCAUGCCUCGCAGCAGAGGUGUGGCCACCCCGAGGCCUCCGCCACGCUGGCCCGACUGGAGGACCUCCAGAGCUCCCUGGGCUGGCACUUGGAUGGGGAGACUGGUGAGGAAGAGGAGGAGCUGCAGAGCAGCGAGCCCCAGGAAGAGAGCGACCUGGAGCUCUCGGGCAGCGAUGGAGAGGAUGACAUGGAGGGCUACGGCAAAAGCGUCCCUGGCCGGCGGAACAUCAGCAAGUGGAAUCAGCGGAAUGACAAGGGUGAGACGUUGCUGCAUCGAGCCUGCAUCGAUGGCAACCUGCGCCGGGUCCAAUUCUUCUUGGAGAAGGCUCACCCUGUGAACCCUUGGGAUUACUGCGGCUGGACCCCGCUGCAUGAGGCCUGCAACCACGGGCACCUGGAGAUCGUCCGCUUGCUUUUGGACCACGGGGCUAACAUCGACAACCCUGGGGGGCCUGGCUGCGAGGGCAUCACCCCCCUACACGAUGCCCUCAACUGCGGCCAUUUUGAUGUGGCUGAGCUCCUGAUCCACAGAGGUGCCUCGGUGGUGCUGCGUAAUGCCAAGGGCCUGAACCCCUUGGGCACUCUUCAGGAGUGGGUGCGUCUAUAUGGCCGGGAUCUGGACCGGGAAACUCGUGACCGCUGCAAGGCCAUGGAGCAGCUGCUCAGGAAGGCCAUGGCGAGUCAAGGCUCCAAGUCUUGGGCCCCACGAGGAGAGCCAACGAGUCACCUUUUUGACUUGGAAGUCUCAGAGUCCCAGCCCUCCUGCCUUCCGCGUCCCGCUGAGAAGCCCCGCAGUCCCCGGAGGGCCCCGAGGCAGAACGGUGAAUCGGGCCUCAGCGAGGCCUGCCGGGGGGAGCCCGAGGACAACUGCAUGAUUCCCCUGAGGCCUGUCAAGAAGAGGCCAAGGGCCGAGGAGCAGGUGCUGGGCCGAGCCGAGCGGCAGGACGCUGGCUUGGCUGCCGCAGCUGAGUACCAGGCAGCCAUGCGGCGUGUGGGCAGUGCCCAGUCCCAUCCGCCACCGACCGCUGAGCGCACGAGGCCCUCCGGGCCAGCCCUGAUCCCCUCGGAGGAAUACGUGGGAGACAAUUGGCUGGAAGACGACAUGGGCCCAAGCCACUGGUCCCGCAAACGAAGCCGCCGGAGUCGGGGCGAGGAGUCCGGGUCCGACUCGGAGGAAUCCUCAGGGCCCGAGAGCAAAAGUGGGGGGCCCUGCCCGGCCCCGGAGUCCACGAGGAAGAAGCGGCGGCGCAUCAGGCAGAGUCGCCUCACCCAGAUCAUGGACAGGAUCCCCCUGGGCAGGACACGAGGGGCUGGCCCAGCAGGGAGUCCAGGGCCAGUGGGUGACCCCAGUCCCCCCUGGGGGGCAGGGGGCAGCAGCCCAAUCGACAGCAGGAAUUGGGGGUGUGAGAGCCCGCCCCCAGCCUCAGCACGGCGUCCUGUUCCCCCAGCCCCUAUCCGGGUGCGAGUUCGGGUGCAUGAGAACGUCUUCCUUAUCCCCGUGCCCCACAGUGACAGCGAGAGCCGUCCCAUGUCCUGGCUGGCAGACCAGGCCUCCCAGCGCUACUACCAGAUGUGUGGGCUGCUGCCGCGCCUCACACUGAAGAAGGAGGGGGCCCUCUUGGCUCCCCAGGACCUCAUUGUGGAUGUCUUGCAGAGCAACGAGGAGGUGUUGGCUGAGGUGCAGUCCUGGGACCUGCCGCCCCUUCCAGAGAGAUACCGCAAGGCUUGUCGGAGCCUGUCUGUGGGGGAACAUCCGCUGCUGCUGAAGAUGCUGGAGCGCCAGGAGGCGGGCCCCUCCUCGUUCAGUGCCUCAGGCAUGGCCCUGCGUGGCCUCCACCUCACCCCCCUCCUGAGGGCACUCAAACGGCAGACCGCCCUCCAGCGUCUCUGCCUCUCUGGGACCGGCCUGGGGGACGACUCUGCGGAGGAGCUGCUGGCCAGCCUCAGCACCAUGCCCGGCCUGAAGACCCUGGACCUCUCUGCCAACCGGCUGGGCCCCGAGGGGCUGCAGAAACUGGCACAGGGGCCCUCUGGCCCGGUCACCUUCCAGAACCUGGAGGAGCUAGACCUGAGCUUGAACCCGCUGGGAGACAGAAGCUGCCAGGCCUUGGCCUCCCUCCUCCAGGCCUGCCCUCUCCUGAGCACGGUCCGCCUGCAAGCCUGCGGCUUCACCCCGGCCUUCCUGCAGCACUACCGCCCCCUAGUAGCCAACGCCCUGAGAGGGGCCUUGCACUUGAAGCGGUUGGCCGUGUCCCACAAUUCCCUGGGCUCCACAGGCCUCGGCCCACUCCUCCAGAGCCUGCCUGGCACUACGCUCACCCACCUGGAGGUUGGCUCUGUGGAUGCACCAACAGGAGACCAGAAGCCACUGUGGGACGCAGUGGUGAAGUACCUGGGGCAGGAGGGCUGUGCUGCUGCCCACUUGACGUUUUCUGGGAAUCGUCUGACCGAUGAGGCUGUUGCAGAGCUGGCCAGGUGCCUCUUCACUUGCCGCUCGCUGGUCUCCCUGGACUUGUCAGCCAACCUAGACAUCAGCAUCGUGGGCCUCCGGACACUACUCACGGCCCUGGAGGAGCGACGGAAGGGACUGCAGUUGCUCAACUUGGCUGGCUGCUCUGUGAGGAGCCCCGUGGACUGCACCACCUGGAGCAAACUCUCUGCUAACGUCCGCCACCUGCGGCUCUGCACGCGCCACCUGAGCCCCGGUGAUCAGCGGGACGUGGCAGAGCUGUGGCCCUGCUCGCCGGGCGCUUCUCUCCGCACCGUCACACGGCAGCACAAGCUCUUCUGCCAGUGCCUGGCUCCCGUCUCUCCCGGAGCAGACCCUACAGCUCCCAAUGGCUCCAUUUGA